GUACCUGGCGCGCGCUGUUUUAGAGUAUCUCAACAUAAAUCUGCAAGGUUUACUGGAUUUUAAGUUACAAUGACUGUUGAGAAUUAACUGGAUGCAGAAUGGAGCUGCUACCAUCUGACGUUGCACGUCUGGUUCUGGGGUACCUGCUGGACACUUGCCCGGACCUGGCUGCCCAGUUCCUGGACCAGUCCCCCGACCUGGCCGAGGUGCGCAGGACGAAGCGCCGCGCUCAGAGACCGUUCGGCCUGUCGCUGGUCGAACUGCUCACGGAGCAUGCCGUCGCCUUCAGUCUUGUGGAUGAUGCGUAUUCUACCAUGAAGCCACCAGGUGCCCGCACGGGUAACGGCGACUUUCUCUCCAAGCUGCGCCGACUGCUGUCGGUCAUUACAGAAUCGAAGGCUGAGUCAGCGGGGGACGCUCUGGUCCAUCCGGCCUUCCCGACACCCGAAUCGUCCACGGGUGCCGACAGCGCCAGCCAGGCCACCACUGCCAGUCAGUUGACGGCCGACGGGGUGUCCGGCGCCGUCGACGGCGACGACCCGGCUGUCGGCGGCGACUGGGCCGACACCCCGACCCGGGAGGCGGCGGCGGCCGACACCCCGGCCCGGGAGGCGGCGGCGGCCGACUGCCCGGACACCGCCGGCCAGGAGUCGCCCUGCAACUCGCUAACACUGGUGCUCGACGAGGAGUCAGGGGAGGAAGACAUGAAGGACAGCGAGCCGGGUGGUGGGACGGGCGCCGUGACCCAAACACACAUCGCCUCGGUGAAGAGUACUGCGGAAGGGGAUGGACAGUCAGUGGAGAAGACCAGAGACUGUGUCGGGGAAAGUUCGUUCUCUGAUGGAAGCGGAAGCGGCCAUGAUGGCUCAACUAUGUCAACCCGAGCAGGAAGGACCCGGAGGAAGAACCGCCCAACCCGCCGCGCCAAUCCAGAGCUGAGUAGCGACAGGAAUAUAAGCCAAGCAGUAGACUGGCUCUAUGGCCAUGUGCGACAUUUGCCGACGAUUGCUUACAUCUCUUCGGGGCUGGACAAUGGACUGUCGACUCAGCAGCUCUUGAAGGAGCCAGAGCGGCUCAAGUCGCAGCCGUCUGGGCCGGAACACCGCGACACCGCGCGCUCGACCAACUUCGACACGGCGCGGCCGUCACCUCCCGUGAAGUCCGAGUCCCCGGCCAGUGGCGUCGGCCCGUCUAUCGUGCGGGUUAUGUGUUCAGCUCGGCCCCCGACUCGUACUCCUCGUGCGCCGACGGCGACCGUCGACACACAUGCGUCGACGACAAACGGGAGUCUUUUACAAACGCGGAGAAGGCUGUCGGGCUGUAAAACGACCGUGGUGCAGCCCAGGGACUCUAGGAGCCGCUCCCCCCUACGCGGCUCACCAGCCAGUACUUCGGAGCCCAAGUUACCGACAGUUCAGAGUGAGAGAGGCCUAGCUGCAUCCGAAACUGCGACAGGCAAAUCGUCAAAGUCUCCGGCCGCGCGACGGGGAACCACCCGUCGACCCAUGCGGCCCUCUGCGACCAUAGGGGGCACUCGCGUGGCUACAUUUUCUGACUCAAGUUGCACAGAGGCGCUAGUAUCUCUCAGCGAGUGCCAUGAAUCACCUCGCGGUGAGGUUGCCAAGAGUCGCCAUUCGACAGCCUCGGGCAGCGACGGCAGUCCCUGUUCCUCCUUGGCAGAUAGCACCACUAGCACGGUGCGGUGGUCGGACACGAGCCCUGCUGAGAGCACCGCUAGCACGGUGCGGUGGUCGGACUCGAGCCCUGCUGGGCACCGCAGUGACACCUCGCCGACUCCGCCGGGCAGUGCCAGCAGCGGACCGAAAUCACGACCGACAGACGGCGCUGAUGUCGCGGCACCAUCGCCCAGUCAACUCUCAGGCCGCGCGAGUGAGGUGUCUGAGCGGACCACGCCGUCUAGCCAGCGCUCCCUGCGCAUUAUCCCGACGCCGCUAACCGAGGGCGUCAAAACCCCGUCGCUGAACGGAUCGCUUGGCGAUAUUGAAACGCCCACGUCAGCCCGACAGGGCGGCCGCCGCGGAGCCCGCUCAAGAGGCCGGUCAGGGCCCCGGCGUGCGACCGCACCUCGCCGCCGCCUGAUGGCCGAGAUCCAGCGCCGUGUCGAGUCGCCCCGAACGCCGCUGGAGCCCAGCCGUCCGAAGGCCGAGCCCACGCCGUCGACACAGUCCACCGCCGCCGACAGGUGCAAACCCGGCACGGCCGGAGAUGAGGUUGGUGACGGCAGCACUCGCUCCGGUGGGGUGUGCCGCACCGCGCGCGGGGCCGCCCGCCGUGCCGGACGGCCUGCGGUGACCUCCAGUGACCCGGUGGACCAGUCGGCACCGGACCACACCCACCAGCCGGGGGUGAAGAGGCCGGCCGUCGAGGGGUCGCCCGGUCAGCCGGUAAAGACGACUCCGGGCAACGCCAAACACUUGCUGAAGUCGCUCGAUAUCAUGUCUUUCUUGUCGCGAGUUCACAGCAUUGGAAGUAACUGAGCCUUCCUUAGUGUCUUCAACCAUAUAUUGAAGGGGUCAUUCAUGCAGAUAGCUUUCACUGCCGCCAGUGGAUGGAUGCGUUGCUGUGCUUAGCUCAUGUCAUUUUGCGGCCUCCGUCUCAUCCCUGUUGCACGAUUGUUCAUUUUAAGACGAUGGGGCUGCUAGGGUUACUUGGUGUGAUUAAGCAUGAAAUACUUCUCAGCAUCGCAGCUCGUUGUUGCAAAACAUUUAGCAUUAAAGGGACUAUCCCACCUUUAACAUGGGGUUUGAGUUGAGAUAGCCAAGUUUGCGGCGAGGUUCAGAAACCACUAUCUAUCUAGGUUGCAACCCCCGCGGCCUCUUGGUGUUGAAGAAAUUCGUUCCCUUCAUUUGAAAAUGGGCCUUGUACAAGGCCCUAUCUUCAACAUGGAGCGACCGUUAGUGUGACGUCACCUCGUUUAGUCAUUCUGAUUUAAAUGGGUUUGUUCGUUGAAAAAUCGCUUAAAACUUGGUCUGAACUUUGUUGUGGUGCCUACAGAGUAAAAAGAAUCAGCUUUGUGACAGUAAUGUGGCCUGGGGAAGGAGGUAAUUUUGGGCUGUGACGUCACAUAUUUGAAAGUUUGUGUUUGGAAUAUGGGAAGCCUAAGAUGUUAAAUGAAAAAUAAAUGCCAGAACCAGGUUCCUGGUCAUCCAAUCUAUAAAGUCGGGCACAAUUUAACUGGUUUUAACAACAUUUUAGAAGGUGGGAUAGUCCCACCAGCAUUUGCGUCAGGCUGUACUUUGGUUCACUCGUCGCAUCGUGCUCCAAGUUCAGCCAGUCAAUUAAGCUGACAAUGA